CCUCCAGCCACGCUUACGCAUCGGCCGUAGGGUUUGCAUUCGAAAGCCCUAUUCUGUUUGGCUGACUUCGGUGAGAUGGGAUACAUCCAAGAGGCCAGAGAAAACCAUGUCAAGAAGAAGGUGGAAGAAGCUUUACGCAGCAAAAUGAAGCAAAAAGCACUGAAAGAAUGUGACAAAUACUGUGCAAAGUAUGCUGAAUGUGCUACAGGAAGAACCUUUUCUGUUGUUUGGCGCUGUCGAAAACAAGCAAGAGAAUUGAAUGAAUGCCUUCAUCGAUAUACCAACGACAGUGUCUUGGAAGAAAUGAAGAGAAGUUACGUCCUCGAACAAGAAAAGCAAGAACAGAAAUAAAGCAACAACAAGCUGAUCUGCUUGUCCAUUUGGAUAUAAUGAAUUCAGGAUAUUGCAUUGCUCCAAAACACUUUUGACUUGCACCUCAUAAUGAUGUCUAAAUGGGAAGAUCAGAUAGAAGUUUGUCUCAUUUUCAUUCAUUGUAUGGUUUCUCCUUUCACUUCCUUUUCCCCUCUCGAUACCGCCACCUCUAGAUUGUAUGAUCUUUUGACCAUGCAACUCGUAUCUCUCAUUAAUGUUAUUUAAGAGAGGCCGCUGCUUUGCCACA